UACGAGAAUUAAAAAUUAAAAAUUACAAUAUUACAGCUAUAGCUCUCUUCUUCGUUAACAUCGACCGCAGCUCAUAUACUGUUUCUCCGCCACCACGAUUCGCUCUCUCUUCUCCAUUUUCGAAUGGCUGCGUGUGGUAUUGGGCCUUCAGGCAUUAAGAUAAAGAACUUUGAUUUUGGUUCUGCAAGGCCAAAAUUAAGAACUUUGCAACCAACCUUGCAUGGUGUAAGGACGCCCGGAAUUGUUGAAUUUGAUGGGUUAGUGUUGUUGCAAAGGCCGAAGAAGUCGAUUGUUGCAUUUCGAAGCUCGGCUUUUGAGGGUGAUUCGGCAAAAGCCAGUGUGGAAGACGAUUCUAAAGCAACUGAUGCAGUGAGUCCACUUAUUCCGAAUGCAUUUGAGGUGGAAUCUCUUUUGACAGUACUAUGUGACACAACAUCAAUUGCAGAAAUUGAGCUUAAACUCGGGGGAUUCCAGUUAUCUGUCUCAAGAGACUUGGCUGAACAAAGUGCACCUACUCAGCCUCUGGCUCCUCCCGUUACUGCUCAUGCAGUUGUUGAGACACCUGCUCAAAAUGGCUCAGCCUCAUCACCAUCGCUGGCACUCUCCAAACCAGCUUCUGCCGAAGUUGCAGUUCAAUCUCUGCUUGAUAAGGCUGCAGAUGAGGGCUUGGUCAUACUUCAAUCUCCAAGGGUUGGGUCUUUUAGAAGAUCCAGGACCAUUAAAGGGAAGAAGGCCCCUCCUUCUUGCAAAGAGAAUGACACAGUAAAGGAGGGGCAGGUGCUCUGCUACAUCGACCAGCUAGGCGGAGAGAUCCCUAUCGAGUCGGACAUAUCUGGAGAGGUGGUCAAGAUACUUAGAAAAGAUGGCGAUCCUGUCGGGUAUGGUGACGCCCUUAUCGCAGUCCUUCCUUCCUUCCCCGGAAUAAAGAAGCUUCAAUAGGUCGACGUUGCAGCAGUACUUAUCUCGUUCCCUUUGAAUCCAUUCCGUCUCUGCUAGAUUUCGAGAAAUUGCUUGUAUGGAUAUUCAGUUUUAUUUAAACUCUAAGAAGAAAUUUUUAUUUCCUGCA